AUGAGCCGGCCAUUGACCAGUCGCCUCGCGGCGCGCACACACACGCUCCUCCUUCGACCAUCACGGCCUCUCGCGCCUCAAUGCACCGCCCUUCGCCUCCGAGACGGCGCCCAAUCCUUCUCGCACUCGAGCACGCGAUGGGACGAGCAAAAGGGCGACGGCCGGCCCAAGCGGGUGCCGGCGCGGCCCCGGACCGAGUCGCUCCUUGAGAACAUCUACGGCGCCUCGCAGCCGGCGCGCGGCCGGCCUACACCGCAGCAGCAGCAGCAGCAACCCAACCCCAUGUCGGACCUCUCGCAGAGCAUGGUCUUCCAGGCCCUCAACAAGUCCAACAUCGACACGAGCGCCCUUUCGGGCAGGCCGUCCGAGGCCGUCCAGCCACGCGACGACGAGCUGGAGCCCUACCACUUCCACAUCCACUCCCACAAGCACAACACGCACAUCACCUGCACCAAGCCCAACCGCGAGCCCAUCAUCUCCAUGUCCUGCGGCAACAUCGGCUUCCGCAAGUCGCGCCGCGGCACUUUCGACUCGGCCUACUCGCUCACCAAGUACGUCCUCGAGCGCCUCAUCCACACCGGCUGGCCCAUGAAGAUCAAGCGCAUCGAGCUGGUCCUGCGCGGCUUCGGCCAGGGCAGGGAGGCCGCCGUCAAGGUGCUCAUGAGCCCCGAGGGCAAGGUCUUCCGCGACAAGAUUGUCCGCGUGGCCGACUCGACGAGGAUCAAAUUUGGAGGAACGCGGAGCGAGAAGCCCAGGCGCCUGUAA